AUGAGUUCAUCUACUGUUCUCGACGCUUCAAAAGCUAGCGAUGGCGUCUCUGGAGACAGCUUCCAGACUGAAGCCAAACAAACCACCUACAUCAAAGUUGACGAAGCGCCAAAAUUCGACCUAGAAUCCUACAUCGCAAACUACAAAGGCCGCACGCGUUUCGAACGAUUGUUCCUCAUCGGCAAAUGCUCCACUAUCCUGUCCCACGACGCCCUCAGGCUAGCAGUCGCCGAAGCGAAAUCCGGCAAAGACGUUGAACGAUACGAGCUUGCAGUAGAGGCUUUGAAACAAGCAGCUCCACAUGACCCAGAUGCAGUUCUCGAUCAACGAUGGGUGGAUGUCACAAAACAGACCGUCAGAGCGGAGACGGACAAGCUUGAACAUGAAUUGAAGGGCUACAAGAAUAAUCUCAUCAAGGAGAGCAUACGAAUGGGCACCGAUGAUCUAGCUUCACAUUAUCAUGCUGUUGGCGAUUUAGCAUCUGCAUCCAAAGCUUAUGCUCGUCUCAAAGAUAAUUGCACCACACCCAGCCAUUUCGCAGCCAUGCACCUCAAAACAAUCAACGUUGCCAUUGACCGUGGUGACUGGUUCGGUGUGCUGCAAGCUGUUGCACGAUACAGAUCUGGACCAAAACCAGAGGACGAGCAAUCCAAAAAUGCAGCAAAGAUAUCUUCCGCAUCAGGUCUAGCUCAGCUUGGACAGGGAAAUUUUCUAGAUGCUACAAACCAGUUUCUCGGUUCCGAACCCACUUUAGGUGACAGCUACAAUGAAGUGCUCACCGCGAACGAUGUCGCCGUGUACGGUGGACUAUGUGCCUUGGCCUCCAUGGAUCGAAACGAGUUGCAACGUCGAGUGCUGGAAAACAGUCAGUUCCGAAACUACCUCGAGUUGGAACCUCACAUCCGCCGCGCGAUAUCAUUUUUCUGCAAUUCCAAGUUUCGGGCUUGCUUGGAUAUUCUGGAAGAAUACAAAGCGGAUUAUUUACUUGACAUCCAUCUUCAACGUCAUAUCCCAGCAUUGUACAACCAGAUUCGAACCAAGUCUAUUCAACAAUAUGCCGUUCCGUUCAGUCGCGUUUCCCUUGAUGCCAUGGCCAAGGUCUUUGCGCCAAAGGUUGUUGGAGGUGUUUCUUCGCCUACUGAGAUCGGAUCCCCAUUCGUACGGGAACUUAUCAAGUUGAUUGAAAACGGCACACUGGAUGCACGUAUUGACUUGGAGAAAGGGUUACUCGUCUCGAAACAGACUGAUCUGCGUAAAGAUGUGAUCAAGGAAGCCUUGGACAGCGUGGAGGAAUACGUGAAUGAAGCACAUUUACGACUCAUCCGGACGAAUAUUAUCAAUGCAGGGAUGGAGAUUCGUGUUGCUCCUGGCCCGAUGGCUACGGAGGAGCUAGCAGGGCGAAUCCCAUGGUGA